AUGAGUCGCUCACGGGCCGAUUGCACCGCAGAGCAGGUGAGUGGUGCAGCAGAGCAGGUGAGUGGUGCGGCAGAGCAGGUGAGUGGUGCAGCAGAGCAGGUGAGUGGUGCAGCAGAGCAGGUGAGUGGUGCGGCAGAGCAGGUGAGUGGUGCGGCAGAGCAGGUGAGUGGUGCGGCAGAGCAGGUGAGUGGUGCGGCAGAGCAGGUGAGUGGUGCAGCAGAGCAGGUGAGUGGUGCGGCAGAGCAGGUGAGUGGUGCAGCAGAGCAGGUGAGUGGUGCAGCAGAGCAGGUGAGUGGUGCGGCAGAGCAGGUGAGUGGUGCGGCAGAGCAGGUGGGUGGUGCGGCAGAGCAGGUGAGUGGUGCGGCAGAGCAGGUGAGUGGUGCGGCAGAGCAGGUGAGUGGUGCGGCAGAGCAGGUGAGUGGUGCGGCAGAGCAGGUGAGUGGUGCGGCAGAGCAGGUGAGUGGUGCGGCAGAGCAGGUGAGUGGUGCGGCAGAGCAGGUGAGUGGUGCGGCAGAGCAGGUGAGUGGUGCGGCAGAGCAGGUGAGUGGUGCGGCAGAGCAGGUGAGUGGUGCGGCAGAGCAGGUGAGUGGUGCGGCAGAGCAGGUGAGUGGUGCGGCAGAGCAGGUGAGUGGUGCAGCAGAGCAGGUGAGUGGUGCAGCAGAGCAGGUGAGUGGUGCAGCCGAGCAGGUGAGUGGUGCGGCAGAGCAGGUGAGUGGUGCAGCAGAGCAGGUGAGUGGUGCGGCAGAGCAGGUGAGUGGUGCGGCAGAGCAGGUGAGUGGUGCAGCAGAGCAGGUCAGUGGUGCAGCAGAGCAGGUGAGUGGUGCGGCAGAGCAGGUGAGUGGUGCAGCAGAGCAGGUGAGUGGUGCGGCAGAGCAGGUGAGUGGUGCGGCAGAGCAGGUGAGUGGUGCGGCAGAGCAGGUGAGUGGUGCAGCAGAGCAGCUGAGUGGUGCGGCAGAGCAGGUGAGUGGUGCGGCAGAGCAGGUGAGUGGUGCGGCAGAGCAGGUGAGUGGUGCGGCAGAGCAGGUGAGUGGUGCAGCAGAGCAGGUGAGUGGUGCCGCAGAGCAGGUGAGUGGUGCAGCAGAGCAGGUGAGUGGUGCGGCAGAGCAGGUGAGUGGUACGGCAGAGCAGGUGAGUGGUGCAGCAGAGCAGGUGAGUGGUGCGGCAGAGCAGGUGAGUGGUGCGGCAGAGCAGGUGAGUGGUGCAGCAGAGCAGGUGAGUGGUGCGGCAGAGCAGGUGAGUGGUGCGGCAGAGCAGGUGAGUGGUGCAGCAGAGCAGGUGAGUGGUGCGGCAGAGCAGGUGGGUGGUGCGGCAGAGCAGGUGAGUGGUGCAGCAGAGCAGGUGAGUGGUGCGGCAGAGCAGGUGAGUGGUGCGGCAGAGCAGGUGAGUGGUGCGGCAGAGCAGGUGAGUGGUGCAGCAGAGCAGGUGAGUGGUGCGGCAGAGCAGGUGAGUGGUGCAGCAGAGCAGGUGAGUGGUGCGGCAGAGCAGGUGAGUGGUGCGGCAGAGCAGGUGAGUGGUGCGGCAGAGCAGGUGAGUGGUGCGGCAGAGCAGGUGAGUGGUGCGGCAGAGCAGGUGAGUGGUGCGGCAGAGCAGGUGAGUGGUGCGGCAGAGCAGGUGAGUGGUGCGGCAGAGCAGGUGAGUGGUGCGGCAGAGCAGGUGAGUGGUGCAGCAGAGCAGGUGAGUGGUGCAGCAGAGCAGGUGAGUGGUGCGGCAGAGCAGGUGAGUGGUGCGGCAGAGCAGGUGAGUGGUGCGGCAGAGCAGGUGAGUGGUGCAGCAGAGCAGCUGAGUGGUGCGGCAGAGCAGGUGAGUGGUGCGGCAGAGCAGGUGAGUGGUGCGGCAGAGCAGGUGAGUGGUGCAGCAGAGCAGGUGAGUGGUGCAGCAGAGCAGGUGAGUGGUGCAGCAGAGCAGGUGAGUGGUGCAGCAGAGCAGGUGAGUGGUGCGGCAGAGCAGGUGAGUGGUGCGGCAGAGCAGGUGAGUGGUGCAGCAGAGCAGGUCAGUGGUGCAGCAGAGCAGGUGAGUGGUGCAGCAGAGCAGGUGAGUGGUGCAGCAGAGCAGGUGAGUGGUGCGGCAGAGCAGGUGAGUGGUGCGGCAGAGCAGGUGAGUGGUGCGGCAGAGCAGGUGAGUGGUGCAGCAGAGCAGCUGAGUGGUGCGGCAGAGCAGGUGGGUGGUGCGGCAGAGCAGGUGAGUGGUGCGGCAGAGCAGGUGAGUGGUGCAGCAGAGCAGGUGAGUGGUGCAGCAGAGCAGGUGAGUGGUGCAGCAGAGCAGGUGAGUGGUGCAGCAGAGCAGGUGAGUGGUGCGGCAGAGCAGGUGAGUGGUGCAGCAGAGCAGGUGAGUGGUGCAGCAGAGCAGGUGAGUGGUGCAGCAGAGCAGGUGAGUGGUGCGGCAGAGCAGAGUGGAGGGGGAGCGGGCCCCAUCGCGAAUGGCAACAGGGGGUGGCUGGUGUGGAGUGUGACCAGCAGGGAGAGAGAGUGCGGGCUUGUUGUUAGUGGAGGGGGAGCGGGCCCUAUCGCGAAUGGCAGCAGGGGGUGGCUGGUGUCGAGUGUGACCGGCAGGGAGAGAGAGUGCGGGCGGGAGAUUGUGAACGUGCUCGAUGAGUGGUGUGACAAGCUGGAGGCUGGCAAGGCGCAGGGGGAGGGGGAGGGGGAGGCACGGACUGGGGAAGCGAAAGAGGCGGUGGAGAGCAUAGCGAAAGGGGGAAAUUGGCAAAGGGCUGGAGUGGGUGGAAAAGCAGGUUGGAGAGGAGGAAGGGGGGCUGGAGUGGGUGGAAAGCAUUUUGGAGAGGGGGAAGGGGGGCUGGAGUGGGUGGAAAGCAUGCAGGAGAGGGGGAAAGGGGGCUGGAGUGGGUGGAAAGCAUUUUGGAGAGGGGGAAGGGGGGCUGGAGUGGGUGGAAAGCAUUUUGGAGAGGGGGAAGGGGGGCUGGAGUGGGUGGAAAGCAUGCAGGAGAGGGGGAAGGGGGGCUGGAGUGGGUGGAAAAGCAUGCAGGAGAGGGGGAAGGGGGGCUGGAGUGGGUGGAAAGCAUGCAGGAGAGGGGGAAGGGGGGCUGGAGUGGGUGGAAAGCAUGCAGGAGAGGGGGAAGGGGGGCUGGAGUGGGUGGAAAGCAUGCAGGAGAGGGGGAAGUGGGGCUGGAGUGGGUGGAGAGCAUGCAGGAGAGGGGGAAUGGGGCCUGGAGUGGGUGGAAAGCAUGCAAGAGAGGGGGAAUGGGGGCUAAGGUGGGUGGAAAGCAUGCAGGAGAGGGGGAAGGGGGGCUGGAGUGGGUGGAAAGCAUGCAGGAGAGGGGGAAGUGGGGCUGGAGUGGGUGGAAAGCAUGCAGGAGAGGGGGAGGGGGGGCUGGAGUGGGUGGAAAGCCAUGCAGGAGAGGGGGAAGUGGGGCUGGAGUGGGUGGAGAGCAUGCAGGAGAGGGGGAACGGGGGCUGGAGUGGGUGGAAAGCAUGCAAGAGAGGGGGAAUGGGGGCUAAGGUGGGUGGAAAGCAUGCAGGAGAGGGGGAAGGGGGGCUGGAGUGGGUGGAAAGCAUGCAGGAGAGGGGGAAGUGGGGCUGGAGUGGGUGGAAAGCAUGCAGGAGAGGGGGAGGGGGGGCUGGAGUGGGUGGAAAGCAUGCAGGAGAGGGGGAAGUGGGGCUGGAGUGGUUGGAAAGCAUGCAGGAGAGGGGGAAUGGGGGCUGGAGUGGGUGGAAAGCAUGCAGGAGAGGGGGAAGGGGGGCUAAAGUGGGUGGAAAACAUGCAGGAGAGGGGGAAGGGGGGCUGGAGUGGGUGGAAAGCAUGCAGGAGAGGGGGAAGUGCGGCUGGAGUGAGUGGAAAGCAUGCAGGAGAGGGGGAAUGGGGGCUGGAGUGGGUGGAAAGCAUGCAGGAGAGGGGGAAGGGGGGCUAAAGUGGGUGGAAAGCAUGCAGGAGAGGGGGAAGGGGGGCUGGAGUGGGUGGAAAGCAUGCAGGAGAGGGGGAAGUGCGGCUGGAGUGAGUGGAAAGCAUGCAGGAGAGGGGGAAGGGGGGCUGGAGUGGGUGGAAAGCAUGCAGGAGAGGGGGAAGUGGGGCUGGAGUGGGUGGAGAGCAUGCAGGAGAGGGGGAAGGGGGGCUGGAGUGGGUGGAAAGCAUGCAGGAGAGGGGGAAGGGGGGCUGGAGUGGGUGGAAAGCAUGCAGGAGAGGGGGAAGGGGGGCUGGAGUGGGUGGAAAGCAUGCAGGAGAGGGGGAAGUGGGGCUGGAGUGGGUGGAAAGCAUGCAGGAGAGGGGGAAGGGGGGCUGGAGUGGGUGGAAAGCAUUUUGAAGAGGGGGAAGGGGGGCUGGAGUGGGUGGAAAGCAUGCAGGAGAGGGGGAAAGGGGGCUGGAGUGGGUGGAAAGCAUUUUGGAGAGGGGGAAGGGGGGCUGGAGUGGGUGGAAAGCAUUUUGGAGAGGGGGAAGGGGGGCUGGAGUGGGUGGAAAGCAUGCAGGAGAGGGGGAAGGGGGGCUGGAGUGGGUGGAAAAGCAUGCAGGAGAGGGGGAAGGGGGGCUGGAGUGGGUGGAUAG